AUGGCGGUCUCUUUAGACCAUUGGAUGCCUACAGCAGUGCCUGGGAUAAAAGGAGAAGGAGAUCAUGGACAAGUCAUUAAUGACUGCAUAGAGAACAUAGGAAAACGACUAGCUCCUCUCCGUGCCGUGUUGCUUGAACCGGCCAAAAGUUUCCAGAUUAAAGCUUUCACAUCUCUGCAUUUCCUGGUGGAACCUUCCGAUGCCAUCACGAUGCGGGGAGGCAAUGUCCUCCUCAACUGUUCGGCAGAGUCUGACCAAGGAGUCCCAAUCAUCAGGUGGAAGAAAGACGGCAUCCACCUAGCCAUGGGAAUGGAGGAAAGGAAGCAGCAACUACCCAAUGGGUCUCUGUUGAUACAAAAUGUUCUGCACUCCAGACACCACAAGCCAGACGAGGGACUCUACCAGUGUGAGGCCUCCCUAGGAGAGACUGGCUCCAUUAUUAGCCGGACAGCAAAAGUAGCAGUAGCAGGACCACUGAGGUUCCUUUCGCAGACAGAAUCUGUCACCGCCUUCAUGGGAGACACUGUGCUCCUCAAGUGUGAAGUCAUUGGGGAGCCCAUGCCAACAAUACACUGGCAGAAGAACCAACAAGACCUGACUCCCAGCCCCAGUGACUCCCGAGUGGUGGUUUUGCCCUCUGGAGCAUUGCAGAUCAGCCGACUUCAGCUGGGGGACAUUGGAAUCUAUCGCUGCUUACCCCGAAAUCCAGCCAGCUCAAGAACAGGCAAUGAAGCAGAAGUCAGAAUUCUAUCAGACCCAGGCCUGCAUAGGCAGCUGUAUUUUCUACAACGACCAUCCAACGUAGUAGCCGUUGAAGGAAAAGAUGCUGUCUUGGAAUGUUGUGUUUCUGGCUAUCCGCCCCCAAGUUUUACCUGGUUACGAGGAGAGGAAGUUGUCCAACUCAGGUCCAAAAAGUAUUCUCUAUUGGGUGGAAGCAACUUGCUUAUCUCCAACGUGACCGAUGAUGACAGUGGAACUUACACCUGUGUUGUCACUUAUAAAAAUGAGAAUAUCAGUGCUUCUGCAGAGCUCACUGUGUUGGAGGGGCUAAGUAUAGUGUUUAAAGACUUGCUCAUUGAAUUAAAGUUCAGAUACAUCACUCUUUAG